AUGAAUCAUCAAAUUUUUCUGCUGCUUAUUCUCGUUAUUUUUCUCGAAGUUAACAGCAAAGGUAAAAAAUGAUGCUGGGAUUUGGAUUUCAAAAUUUGAAUGUUAUGCUCAACAAAUGUACCUUUGUUUCCUUGAAAUUCAGAUUAUAAUUUUCAGCCACAAAAUCUUCCGAGUCUUCCGAAUCUUCAGAAUCAUCAGUCUCUUCCGAAGAAAAUGCAGACAAUUUGGAACUCGAAGGUUUCAAAAUCGGAGAUUACAAUGAAACCUACAAUAUUGUGCAUGACCAAAAUUUAACGAAAACCAGAAAGCUCGAAAUAAUCAACUCGACAAUUUACAGUCAAUUCGACAAUGAAACAGCGAGAGAAGAGGCUAUGGCAAAGUUUGAUAAAGCUAUAGAGUUGGAUGGAUUUGCGCAAGAAUAUGUGGAAAGUGAUGAGAAGGUGAGUUGAUUUUGAAACGUAGAGCAUGAGUUGAUUUUGAAACGUAGAACAUGAAGUUAUGUUUUGUAGAUCAAAAAUAUCACGGAUUCAAUUCAAGCCUUGGUUUCGACAGAGACUUUUAAGAAAAUGAAUGAAGAUGAUCAAAAAGCUGAGGUUACUUUUGAGUUACUGUACCUGCGUAUCUGACUUUUUUCAGCUCGACAAAAUUACCGCGAAUCUCACUGAUGAUGAUUUGGAGAGAAUCGAAGAGUUUGAAAAUUCUAUGCAAAAUCGAGCUUUCGAAUUGGGACUUGAAGAUGUGAGUUGUAAUUUGAUUUUGUAUUCAAAGUUCCAAUUUUUGUUGAAUUUUAGGCCCCUGCUCAAAAUGAGACACUUGGAUUGCACACAUUUGGAGCGCAGGGUAUUUAA